AUGGAGGAGCAAACGGCCGCCCUGCUCGCGGCGCUGAAGAAGCAGGCCUCGACCAACGUCGACCAGCGCCUGAACCUGUUCGGCAGCCUCAAGUCCAGCAUCAAGCACCAGCGCGUGCCCGAGAGCUGCCAGGCCGACAUUCUCGAAUGCAUCCGGCUCGCCAUGACGGCCCAGACGUCGGCCCAGCUCGUCACCGCGGGCUUCUCGACGCUCAGCCACCUGGUUAAGCGGCUGGUGCUGCAGAAGGAGACGCACGUCGUCACCGCGCACUCCUCGCAGCUAUGUCCCGUGUUGCUGGACCGCCUAGGCGAUGCGCGCGAAGCUCACCGCAGCGCCGCCUCGGUGCUGCUCGUCGAGCUCUACAGCUGGUGCCACGUCGACAUCGACGCCGGCAUCCACAGCGCCAUGACCGGCACCAACCCGCGCGCAAAGGACGCGGCCAUGACGUGGGUCGUCAAGAUGAACAAGAACCACAGCCUGCCCUUCAAGAACUAUGUCAACCCCCUGGUCGCCAACCUGGAAGACGCCGACCCCGAGGUGCGCAACGUUGCCAAGAAUGCCAUUGUCUCGCUGUUCCAGUCCGUCCCGAACAGCGCCCUCGCGAAUCUGAAGAAGCAGCUCGCUGUCUACAACGUGCGCAAAGCGACCGUCACCUUCAUCACCGCCCAGCUCGACGACCCCGCCAUGGACGACGAACACCAUGAGCCCGUCCCGGCACCAGUGCGCGAGCCUCAGCGCGAGCGCGCCCUGCCAACCUCACGAGCGAAGGCGCUGCAGCCCGACACAGGCUUUGCAGACAGCUUACCCACCGAACAGGCCCCUCCCACCGAGGCCGUCCCCAUGGACCCCAUACAAGUCUACACCCAGCGCGAGCUCGAGGACAUCUUCCGCGACAUGGCGCCACCAUUCGAGGGCCGGGAAAACGAGCAGAACUGGAUAGGACGUGACAAGAACACAACCAAACUAAGACGCAUUCUCAUGGGCAACGCACCCACCGAAUUCCACGCCGUUUUCAUGGCAGGCAUCAAAUCACUGCUGGACGGCAUUCUCAAAGUGGCCAACACGCUGCGAACGACAAUGUCCACCAACGGCUGUCACUUGGUGCAGGAGCUUGCGAAGACGCUAGGCCCAGCUAUCGAUCCCUGGGUGGAGAUUCUGCUCCAGAGCUUCAUCAAGAUGUGCGCCGCUACCAAAAACAUCGCAGCACAGAAUGGAAACGUGACUGUGGAUGCGCUUCUCUCAAAUGUAUCGUACAACAACCGCAUCCUGCAGCACGUUCAGUUUGCCUCACAGGACAAGAACGUCCAGCCCCGUACCUUCUCCGCCAACUGGGUAAAGACACUGAUCCGGAAGCACAAGUCGCAAAUUGAACAUUCUGGAGGACUGGACAGCUUUGACAAGAUAUUGAAGAAGGGGUUGGCAGACGCCAACCCCAAGGUGCGCGAGGCCUACCGAAGCACAUACUGGACGUUCGCUUUGGUGUGGCCUCAGAAAGCUGAAGCCAUGUACGAGACCCUCGAGAAGCGAGAGAAGACUGGUCUCGACAAGGACCCCAACAAUCCCAACGCCUCGCUUGCAUCAUCGCGAACCGGUGCAGUGCCCUUGUUUUCAAAGUCUGUUGGACCGAGCGCUGCGAGGACGAGCUUGAAAGAGAAGAUUGCAGAGCAGAGACGGGCAAAAUUAGCAGCCUCUAAAGGUGCCGCUGAUCGACCCAGCUCCGCUGCAGCGAGCUACUCUCCCCCAAGGUCAAUCUCAACAAAGUCUCUAGGCGCAGGUGGAAGAAUCAUGUCCAAUGCUUCAACAGCAUCUAGCGGACCGGCUCGACCCCCCUCCGCCAUGUCUGGAGAAUCCACCAAAUCGGCCUUGAAGAGUUCGACUGGAACUGGCUCCCUAAUGGGUGGCACCGUACGUCGCCCGAUUCGUCGACCCGAGCUGAACAGACCAAAGACGGCGGACCCAUACUCUGUACGACAAAACAAGAUCACUCCUUCGACAACCACAACUCCCGAGAAGACGCCAGCCGUCAAGUCUUUGAAGAAGUCUGUCGGUCCUACAACCUCAAGCGCAAUUCGUCCACGGUCCCAUCAUCAAAACAGCCCUGCAGUCAGCCCGGUUCGGAGCAAGUCCAGGGUUGGCCAAGCUACGGCAUCGACACAUCGUAAAACCCCGAGUAUAGGAUCUCAAAGAGGGAGUCCGGCAGGCAGUCCGCACAAAGACGAAGAUCUCACGGCGGUGAAGCCAUUCAUCCGAUCGCAAAGCCAUCACGACGGGACGAUGCCCUUCCGGCAAAGGAACGGCAUGGACAAGCGUGCUUCUGUUGACAGCAAUGCACUUGACACGGACGAAGACAACUUCACAAUGAUCAACAUCCCAAGCCUUGCGCACCCAAUAUCACAAAGGGUGCAUAAUACACCUCCCAAGCCGACAAGUUCUGGAGGUCGAUUGCCCGCACCGGGCCAGCAAGCAGCGCUGAUGAAGAGCCCCGAUCUUUUGCCAGUACAGAGUCCGCGGAUGAGGUCUCCUGACCGGUCUACACAAGAGGAGGUUGAGGUGUACGAAGACCCUUUCGUUGGUGACGAGCCAUCAACUGCAGGUCAGGAGGUCGAUACGCCAGUGCUAGGAGAGCUUCCGAUCAACGAGAGGAGCAACGAGCGACAACCGAGCAUAGACAGUAACGGAAACGAUGUCAUAAUGGGCCAAGAGACCGAGGAAUACCAUCAAGGCCACCUUAAGACGACCAGCACCGGAAGCGUCAUGCACACCGAAAACAACGAUGCCAACAGUCCUGAGACACUUAAGAACAGACAAUUGCUCGCCAGUGCCAUCAAGAAGAUUGAAGGACGUACAGUCGACGCUGGUAUGUUCCGAAAGAUCCAGGAUGCGAUAAAAUCAAACCAGGAGAUCUGGGGCCCAAAUGACGAGGUCUUUGGCAGGCUACUCCUCGCAUGCCUCGACUAUUUCCAAACAUCUUCUGAGGAGCUGAAGCUGCCCACAAUGAAGGCCAGCUCUUGCAAGAGCCAGGCUCUUGCAACUAUUCGUGCGAUGCUAUCUCUGUACCGUAAAGAAACAGCCAAGUACUUCGCCCGCGUCCUCUGUACCAUAUUGCAGGCCAAGGCACAGCAUGAAAAUACCUCGCACAUCGCAGGCGAUAUGGAAGCGACUGCCAACGAGAUCGUCCGCUAUGGCCAAGUAUCGGACUGUUUAAAUGCGGUUCUUGCCCUCAUCGAAGACAUGCCUGCCUCAACGCCUACCAAUUCUCCAAAUUCCAAGUCCCUAUCUCCGUCCGCACCCACUACUAGCAGUACUCGCACCAUGACUAUGUCGCUGCGCACUCUAGCAAGCCUCGUGGAAGUCACGAGCGCAAAGAAUGUUGUACUCUCGCAAGAGCAGACUCAUCGCUUGGGUAAACUCGCCGUCAGAUGUAUGGAGGAUCAGGAUGCAGACAUUAGGAAGGCGAACAUCGAUUUUUGUGUCGCACUGCAUGAACGGAUUGUUGGACCGGGCGGCGAGCCUAAGGCAUUUUGGGAGGCAGUUGCUGGCGCCAAAGAACAGCAACUCAACCUGCUCACCUACUAUCUUGCCAAAAAGGAGAAAGCAUAG